AUGGUAUAUUAUCCGGAUAAUAAGGCUUAUUUAGGUGAUCUAGAUGUAGAUACUCUAGAUAUCUUCUACCUGAUGAACUAUCAUAAAAAGCUUGGUUAUGAUGAGAUAAAGCAAUGCUGGUGGCAUGUUCCUGGGAAAAGUUUAGAGAACGGGUUGAGAAGCUUGAAUAGUGACAAGGAGAUAAAAGAGAUGGUGAAGUGUGUUAAGAAAAAUAACGGAGUUAUUGAUGUAUCUUCUGACUCUUAUGAGAGUGCAAAAGAUAGCAUUUUUAAACCAAAUCUUGAUGAAGAUAACUCCUUUGAUUUAGAUACUGGGGAGAAGAAUGUCAACAGUGAGAGUAGGAAUAGAGUGAAUAAGAACCAGAUAAAGAAGAUAUUGACAAAUGUUGGUCCUCUAUCUAAAGAAAAGGAGAAGAUUCUGUUUGAGGAUGAUGCAUUUUUGCAAGAAGUUAGUGAUGAAGAAGUAGAUCUUAGUUUUAUUGGUAGUUUUGCUGAAGGUGUAGAAUAUGGUGUAGAUCCUGGAGCUGAUUCAAAUGGUGCCAAUUUAUGGCACUCGGAGGAGAUGAAGACUCCUCCAAAUUCAGAAGAUGAACUAGAAGAAGACAACGAUUCUGAUGAUGUAUGUCCAGUGUUUAGGGAGGAUGCAAGAUUUGGUGAGUUGCAUCUUGAGAUUGUGCAAGAGGUAAUGUCCAAUGUCCAUCACCAUUUUUGCGUCUGGCAUUUGUGGAGAAAUUUCAACAAGAGUUGGAAGGAUUUACAACUAAGGAAACUUUUGUGGGAAUGUGCAAGGGCAAUGACUUAUCAAGAGUUCAGGGAUGGAAUGGACAAGAUAAAAAGAUUGAAUGAGGAUGCAUGGGCAUAUUUAGAUAAAUGGUCAAGAGAUGCAUGGACCAGAAGCUCAUUCAGCCAUAAGUCGAAGUUGGAUAAUAUUUGUAACAAUGCAUGUGAGAUGUUCAAUGCAAAGAUCAAGGAUGCAAGAGCCAAGCCCAUUAUAACAUUGCUGGAGUGGGUUCGAAUGUUCAUUAUGCGGACCAUAUUCAAGAACAAGGCAAAACUAAACAAUCACAUUGGAGUGCUCCCGUCCGUUAUAAAGAGUCGAUUGGAGAAAGUUAGAAAAGAAUCUAAGAAUUGGAAGCCUAUUUGGACAGGGGAUAACGGAUACAAAAAGUUUGAGGUGCAUGGACACCUAACUAACCAUGUGGUGGACUUAGGAAAAAGACUAUGUACUUGCCAAUUUUGGAUGCUUACAGGUAUUCCUUGUGUGCAUGCAUGUGAUGCACUGUCUCGGGUUAACAAGCCACCAGAAGACUUUUGUCACCGUUGGCUAAUGAUGGAGUCAUAUAGGAAAACAUAUAAUCAUCAUAUUAAUCUGAUUCCUGGACAACCAUUAUGGGAGUAUGGAGAGGAAUGCAACAGGCCACAUGCACAAAAAAUAAAGAGGAAACCUGGAAAACUACAGAUAAAGAGAAGGAUAGAUGCUGAUGAGAAGGGUGGUGGAGGAUCUAAAAAGUCUAAAGCUAAUCCUAAGCCUCAAAGUAACAAUGGAGAUAAUGUUCAUCUAAAGAGGCAGUUGGGAACCUUUACUUGUAGUUUCUGUGGUGAAAAGGGACAUACAAGGAGAGGUUGCAAGAAGAAGAGAGUAGCUGAUGCUGCUGUUGCUGAUAAAAAGAAGAAAAAUGAAGGAGGUGCUCCUGCAUCUGAGCAGCAAGUUGAGCAACCUCAAGAUGAUGGUAACCAAGAUGAUAGAGAAAACAAUGCAUGUGUGUAG